AGAGAGGACAAACAAUGAGAAUAGUUUCGGCACCAUGUCACCAAGGAUUCAAACAGAGAAGAACCGAGUCAUCUUGGUGAUAUAAUUCAAGAGAAUAUUAAAGCCAGACUAACUGGAACGAACCCAUCAUUCCUCAUUUGCAGUCCAAGCUUAUGCUCUGUGGCAAAUAGAACACACUAUUCCGAAGCCUCCCUACUUCUAAGUUUUUUUGUUCUCAAAGAAAUGUACAGUACGUGUAGUAUCUCUGUGCCUCUCUACUGACUCUAGCUGACCAUCACUAGGCAUCAGUCUCGAGUUGCGGCCAAGUCAUUCCUACACUACAGUACGGUACAGGCGAGCUAGGAUGGGGUGUUACUGCCUUGGCGUUGUGGCCCUCGCAGUGGCAACGCUACUGGGUGCUGAGGCUGUAUCCAUUCCGAUGGCCGAGCAUGAUGCCUUCCGACCUACCAGCACCCAACCUGAUCCACCGUUGCCUUUCAUUCCACCACCGGACCAGCCCCAUCAAACGUUUGCGACACUGCCUCCGCUUCCACCAGCGGGCCCACUUGGUCCUACACUGCCUGCUCCGGAACAAGGCACCUCCUCGCCCCGGCCAUUGCAAAGGCGACCCCUGUCCGAGGUUGUACAGGAGGUGAUCUCAGCUGAUCGCAAGAGCGGUGCAUCAGCCGAAGACACACUAGAGAAGGUGGUGGCGCUGGUGAAAUCAACCGAGUGCAAGACUACUAAGCGUCUGGAUGAAGUCAUUGAUCUGGUUCCAAACACGGAGACCAGUGAUCAUGUCUAUCCCGUCGCCUCGUGCAGGGAACUCAAGCAGCUGAAUUCCACUCUUCCUUCUGGGUCCUACUGGAUUCGACCGCAUGAACGGGUGUACUGUGAAAUGACAAGGAAUGGAGGGGGCUGGACGCGACUGGCCAACAUCAACCCACGAGUCCGGGGUUUCUGCCCUGGAAAUCUAUGGUACCAAGAAUCAGGCAAUGACAAGACGCUGUGCACCAGACAUAAUCGGACUCGCGGAGGUGGAGGAUGCCAGUCAGCUAGAUUCAUGGCCACUCAUGGACCAUAUUCGGAAGUGAUGGGUUACGCCAUGACGUAUCGGGCUGGUUCAUUGGAUGCUUUCUGGAAUAUUGAAGGGCUGAAUAUCAAUGCAGCCUACGCCGAUGGCGUCUCCAUCACUCAGGGCUCGCCCAGAGAGCACGUUUGGACGUAUGCUGCGGGAUUUUCGCCCACACACAGCCAUACCAAUGUAAGGUGCCCGUGCUACGGAGGCGAUGCUCCUGCUGCAUUCGUGGGAAACCACUACUAUUGUGGAUCGACAGAGUUGGCGUAUCACCAAUACCGCAAUGCAUUCACCGGUUCCGGAGCAUGCUCCGACACUGGUGUGUGCUGCCAAGGGGAAACCCCUCUGUGGUUCCAUCGCAGCCUCGCCACCAGUUCGGACGCUAGUUUGGAGAUUCGACUCUGCUCCGAUGAGCAGACAGACAAUGAAGACGUGGGAUUGGAGCGUGCUGAGUUGUACGUUCGCUGAGCAACGGUAGCUAGCUGUAAAGCAGUCGUGACUCGUGCGGGGCUUUCCAUAUCCGCCACCCCUCUCAUUCCAUUAAUUUUACUAGUAGAUCUACAUGUAUACAGUAACAUGACUGAUUGUAGCUUCUUCUCUUGCCACCAUUGGAGGAAAGGCUUGGAGGCAGGCGCUUGCGGAGCCGUUUGCCUUCUCACCGCCACAAUUGCAAACUCUCUACUUUCCUUUGCCUCUGUUACCGAUUCUGUUACCGAUUCUGAAUUUUUUUAGCAGCAAGAAGUUAAUGCUGCCACUUAUUCGUUUUUUGUUUUUGGUUUCUUUACUUCUUGCGGCUAGUAAUAGUCUUUCAUUUCGCCUGCAUCCAGCAGCAAUGCUUCCUGUUGUACAGGCGAGCACAGUCCUGCUUAUACGUCCCGCCGUUCAUAGUCGAUUUACCCGCGGCGGUGCCAAGUCGAAAGAAAAAGUAGUUUGGAAUUGUA